UUUUACAUACUGUCCCAACUUUUUCUGAUUUAGGGUUGUAUAUGAGCAUAUAUACUGAACAUAUAAUGUUUUUAUUUUAUCAUAGAGACUGGCUCCAUACUGCAGCUUUAGAAUUUGUAUAUUGUCUCUCACCUUAGUUUCUAGUGUGUGGUAACAGUUACACAGAGCAGCUUAGGGAGGAGUUGUCAUAUCCUCUGCCAAAAAGGCCUGUAUAUUAACAUAAUAAUAAAAAUGUGCAAUAAGGCUACAUAGAAUAAGAAAUAUCUGCAUGUGAUAACAUGAUUUUAUCUGCCAGUAGCUUGGUAAUCUCUAUAGAAUGCUCAGCUAGCAGGUAUUGUGUAUCUCCUGUCUUUUGUUAAACCUUUAUUGAAGGUCUGAAAUGAAUCACAAAAUAUUUCUUCGUCCUUAUGGCGCCCCUCCACAUGGUGGCGCCCUAGGCGACUUCCUAGCUCGUUUAUACCUAAAAGCGGCCCUUUAUCUGUGGUAUGUCCAUAACAGGGCUGCAGCUGUCGAAGAGCAACAAUAACAGGCUCUACACAACAACUUCCCCUCGGCUUUAACGGCACUUGACAGUGCCAGGUACCACCGGACUGCAAAAAAAAAUGCGGUUGUCCAAAUAACCCUGGUCUCCGUUUCUUUGUCGUCCGAGCCGACAGCUGUGUUAACAAAUACGGAGAACCGAGCAGAGUGGGAGCAGGGCUGUUAGGGGCUGCAUCUGGGUCAGUGGGCCUGUCGGCGGCUUGUUAUCCUUGCAGUGUCCCGCUGCGCCUUCGUUUGUAUACUCAUCGUGUUACCUGUAGAAACCACGGUAACAUGCAGGCUAACGGGGCAGUACAAGACCGAGACUCAGAACGCUCCUGCCGAAACGGCGCAGAGAACGGCGAGGCGUCCUCCGCAGGGGACGCUCACUCCAACGGACGUGUGUCAGUCACCAACAAUGGAAACGCUGUCAGCAACAACAACAACAACAACGGAUUGCCAGCCCAGCCCGCGUCCAACAACACCAGCAGCACGGCGGAUGUCAAAAAGAAGAAACGUCUGUCUCAGCCUGAGGAGGAUGUUAUCCGACUGAUAGGACAACAUCUACACGAUUUAGGUCUCAAUCAGACAGUGGACCUCUUGAUGCAGGAGUCUGGCUGCAGACUGGAGCACCCCUCUGCCACCAAGUUCCGCAAUCAUGUCAUGGAAGGAGAGUGGGACAAGGCUGAGAGUGAUCUGAAUGAGCUGAAGGCACUGAUGCAUUCUCCAAGUGCUAUUGUGCGGAUGAAGUUUCUGCUGCUGCAGCAGAAGUAUCUGGAGUAUCUGGAGGAUGGCAACGUCCUGGAGGCUCUGCAGGUUCUCAGAGCUGAGCUCACACCACUCAAGUACAACAUAGAGCGUAUCCACAUCCUGAGCGGGUACCUGAUGUGCAGUCAUGCAGAGGACCUGCGAGCCAAAGCAGAAUGGGAAGGCAAAGGCACAGCAUCCCGAACAAAGUUGCUGGACAAGCUCCAGAGUGAGUACUGUCUGAUUCACACCACAAAAUUGUUUUACUCUGCACAGCAGCUAUUGCAUACUGUGUGUCCGUACACAAACCUGUAAGCAUCAACAGCAGUGGGUUGUUCUUCUGUAUAGUGUGUGUUGGACAGUUUGCUUUUCUUGCCCACUCUGAAAUCCUGCAGCUGCUUUUUAGGCAACAUUAGCACAAG